CCCGGUUUUUGGGCGUGGAUCGGGGGCUGCGUUUCCCUGCCCGGCUUGUGCUUGUGAAAUCGGGAAGCGGCUGAGCGUUUGCCCCGCAUCAGUCCACACAGUGUCAAGCAGAGCUCUCUCCAGCCUUAGCGUUUGAAUAAAAAUAUUAAAUAAAUAAAUAAAACCGCAUUCAUGGCGGAGUCGAGUAACGGCGGCGCGGCCGGGCCAGCAGCCCCGGGCUCGGGUUCCACAGCAGCCGGGGCGAGGAGCGGAGCCGCCGCCGGGGCCGCCAAGCUGGAGUCGGUGAAAGGGCAGAAUUUCGACGUGGGGCCCCGGUACGUGGAUCUGCUCUACAUCGGGGAGGGGGCCUACGGGAUGGUGUGCUCUGCCCAUGACAAUGUUCACAAGCUCCGAGUCGCCAUUAAGAAGAUCAGCCCCUUCGAGCACCAGACGUACUGCCAGCGCACCCUGAGAGAGAUCAAGAUCCUGCUGCGCUUCCGACACGAGAACAUCAUCGCCAUCAACGACAUCCUGAGAGCCAGGCAGCUGGACAACAUGAGGGACGUGUAUCCUUACAGGGGGCAGCGAUACCCUGAACCCUUGAGGGAGUUAGGCAGUAGGAGGUAUGAGGAGUCGAGGGGUAGGACUCCCUCCUCUAUCUCUCCAUCCCUCCCUCCCUCCAUCUCUCCAUCCCUCCCUCCCUCCCUCUCCAACCUGCUGAUCAACACCACCUGCGACCUCAAGAUCUGUGAUUUCGGGCUGGCUCGGAUAGCUGACCCAGAGCACGACCACACUGGCUUCCUCACAGAGUACGUGGCGACGCGCUGGUACAGAGCGCCUGAGAUCAUGCUCAACUCCAAGGGCUACACCAAGUCCAUCGAUAUCUGGUCAGUGGGCUGCAUUCUGGCCGAGAUGCUGUCAAACAGACCCAUCUUCCCAGGGAAGCAUUACCUGGAUCAGCUGAACCACAUCCUGGGUAUUCUGGGCUCCCCCACUCCAGAUGAUCUGAAUUGCAUCAUCAACAUGAAGGCGCGGAACUACCUGCAGAGUCUCCCUGUGAAACCCAAGAUCCCCUGGAACAAGCUCUUCCCCAAGGCCGACGGGAAAGCUCUGGACAUGCUGGACCGCAUGUUGACCUUUAACCCGGUGAAGCGCAUCACCGUGGAGGAGGCCCUCGCUCACCCCUACCUGGAGCAGUACUACGACCCCUCUGACGAGCCCGUUGCUGAAAAGCCCUUCACCUUCAAUACAGAGUUGGAUGACCUUCCCAAAGAGAAGCUGAAGGAGUUGAUAUUUGAGGAGACGGCCAGGUUUCAGGCAACUUACCAAGGAACCUGAUUCUACAGGCAGAUGGAAAUGUCUUCACUUCUUCUUCAGCCCUGCUUAGAGAGGUUGAGAGAACCAGAGAGAUGCCAUUCGGGCAGGAAUUCAACGAUAUAAAGAAAAAGAAAUCUAGAUAUAAAAUGCUUGAAUAAUACUAAAAACAAACAAACAUACUCAACACACGACCCCCCCUGUGCUUCUGUGCAAUAUUCUACUCCACUGUACUGAUAUACUGCUUUCAUCUCUCUGUCUCUCUCCCUCGCUCCCUGUCUCUCUCCCUCAAAUUUAGUUGACUUUGAAUCUCUCUCUGUCUUGCUCCCUCUCCCUUCUCUCUCACUUUUGUUCCAUUUUUUUGCAAUUUUAUGCUGCUUGCUGGAUGAAAAACACAAAACCAAAAUGAGAUUUAAAAUAAAUACACAUUCUGUCAUAUUGACAACAGUGGGGAACAAGUUUUUCAAUUGUACAAUAAUAAUAAUAAUAAUAAUAAUAAUCAUUUAUUAGCAAAAGCAAUUGAAAAAAAAAAAAAUCUCAAUUCUAUAAAAACUGACAGAGGCCACCGCUGUAGUUUCUGUCCGCCGACACAAGGGGGCGCUGAGCUGGAUGGCAGGAGAUUUCAAACGCACCAUUUCAUGCACGAAAAGGCAGCGCUUGUAUUGAAAAAUAAAUUAAUAAAUCAAAUUUUAAACGGAA